UUGCAGAGAACUGUGUACUACGAUGAUAAGGACGACGAAGGGCCUUUUCGGCAAAGGAAACCUACUGAAGACAUCCACCACCAACAACAGUAUGUAGCGAACAAGCUGAACAUUGAACGUGAAACAUUUCUACGUUUCCACGACGACCACCAACCAGAAUUCGAUCUUCGAGGAUAUCGUAAAGAUUCGGUCAUAUCAAGAAACGAUAGCGAUCGCACAGUUGGAACCGAAUACGCUGGUGAACUGAUUGAAAUUUGUCAACAUUUAUUUCCUGUUACUGAAGAAAAGAUGAGGAGAUAUUUUCGGCGUUUAAUGGGCUCAUUUAAUUUAUGA